UCCACCUGUGAGGAGGUGCUGUGUGUCUUUUUGUGUUUGUCGGAAGCGGAUGAUAACACCGCGCGCUGCCACAGGACAGACCGGACACAAACCCAGCAGCUGGAGUGUCGCAGUAACGCAGAAAAUUACCUCACAGGUUGAAAGCACCGCUGCGGGUCUCCUCAUCAGCUUUAUGCUUGACUUUUUUCACGGGCCGAGAACAGACGAGGCUGUCACACCUCCAGCCGGUGUUUUCAUCCGCAGUGCCUCAGACGAGCGGCCAACUGCGGAGCACCAUGUCAAGACAGCAGCAGCACCGGACCCCGUUAAAACUCACGGACAGCUUGGUGGAGGUCAAAAGCAAAUUUGAAGCAGAGUACCGCCGCUUUGCUCUGAAGAGAAAUGGUCCAGGCGGCUUCCAGGAGUUCUACCGCCUCCUCCAAACCAUCCAUCACAUCCCUGGUGUUGAUGUGCUGCUCGGAUAUGCAGAUGUCCACGGAGACCUCCUUCCAAUCAACAAUGAUGAAAAUUUCCACAAAGCCAUUUCAUCAGCCCAUCCACUGCUCCGCAUUAUUAUAACCAAGAAAGAGGAUGAACCGGUCAUUUUUGGCACCAAUUCCCUUCAGCGGCGUAAAAAGGGGCUGGGCUUAACGGGCCUGCGCACCACUGGCACCGGCUCCGCCCAUUCCAAGAACAGAUCUGGCCUCAUGAUUGGGCCGCCAAAGAACUUCAGACAGAUUUCUUCCAUCAUCGAUGUGGACAUUUUGCCUGAGUCACAUCGACGUGUACGACUCCACAAGCAUGGAUCCCAAAAACCACUUGGCUUCUAUAUCCGUGACGGUGUGAGCGUGCGGGUGACACCGCAGGGCGUAGAGAAGGUUCCAGGCGUGUUCAUAUCUCGUCUGGUGCGUGGUGGGUUAGCAGAGAGUACCGGGCUGCUGGGUGUUAAUGACGAGAUCCUCGAGGUCAAUGGCAUCGAUGUAGCGGGAAAAUCUUUGGAUCAGGUUACAGACAUGAUGGUGGCAAACAGUCACAACCUUAUUGUGACUGUAAAACCGGCGAACCAGAGGAACAAUGUUGUGCUUCGUGGGAGUAAAACCUCCGCGGGUAACUCGGGUUCCUUGGGCUCAGCCGGAUCUACAAGCUCCGCCCUGUCACAUGACUCACCAAGCCCCGCCUCUCAGAGCAACCCCAUCACUGCAAGCAACAGCAUUGCGGAGGGUGACAGCGAUGAUGGCGGCGAUGAUGACGAGGAAGGCGACCUCAUUCUGGAAAACGACUGCCUGACACCCUACGACUCCCAUCGGGUAACUAACAGCAACACCAUGCCGAACAGAGACUCACUUAGCAACGGGCCGCACGACUACACUGUGGGUAGGCCCCUCCCACAGAGUGUCUCAUUGCCCAGUAGCGUUGGAGCAUCCCUGAGAGACAGCUCCAUGAUGAUAUCCAGCCACAACGGAAACUCCAUCCACACGGCCAGUAGCAGUGAAGACAGCAUGAGAGAGGAUGGCAGCAUGACAGCGCUGUAACCAUGACAACACUGUACCGUUGAGGACUAUGAACGUUACAGCAACAACAGUGCCGUAACCAUGGCGCCUAACGAUAGCUGUGCUCCUGUGAGAUAACCGACGUGCUUCAGAGGUGGUUGCUGUUGUACCGUGGGGGGAGCUGGCAGGACCACGGAGGGGCCGCUCAGAGUCUUCUGCUAGUUUACACUUUACCUCCUUCCAGCCUCGGUGGAUUGUUGGCUUUUAAUGUCUGCAGGUGUAGGAACACUGUACACGAUGCAACAUAUGGCUGAAGUUGUCAGCUUUGUCAGGUUCUGCAAACAGAAGUAAUUAUAUCAUUUUUAGCAUUAUACUAUGGAAAUGUUUUAAAUACCAUAAUGUAUUAACUGAUUAAUAUUGACAAGUUUGGUAACAGCUUGUAAAGCCAUACGUCACUUUGAUGUCAACGUAUUUAAGAAGAUAUCUGCAAACCUAUAGCUGACUUUCCUGUUUUUAUUUUUGUGGCACCACAACAACCAGUGCAAGCAGCACUAUGUCACUUUGGUAUCUCUGACUGUGAAAGUCUGUGUCUGUCUGUGUCGUAUUUUAAUGCUUAGUGCGGUGCACACGGUGAGUAUGUGGGAGGAGAGGAGCACGUGAAGGUUCAGUUGUUGGCAUUUGGAGAAGUGGGGCUGAGAAGAUGACGGGGUCAUCUCAGAAUUACAGUUCUGACUCGGCUUCGCUCUGCUGGAACGUUUUCAAACGCAGCAGCUUUUCAUACUUCAGCAAAAGCACAGCAGUAAAUGAAUAAAUGUAAUAUGUAUUUUGGCUAAUUACUAAUUACCUUACAUUGAUUACAGUUAAAUAAAAGUUUAAUGUGAUUUAAAGCAGAAGCAUUGGUAAAUCAGUCUGUUUUAUUAGCUGUUAUCCACAGCUGAAAAUCCUGUCCUUCAGCUCCUCGAAGCCCUGCAGCGUUUGAAGGCAGCAGAACACAAAGAAAAGGAUGUUUCCUCACAAUGGGAGCCGUGAUUGGCUGAGAGUAUUUAUUAAUCGCCACAGCAUCUGUGUCCUGCUUUAGCCAGCCUUCCUGCACUUUACGUUCCUGCAAAGCAGAAUAGCAGGAGGACACAAGUACCAACACAAGACACACCACUUAGCACUGGUUGUUGUGUUGUUGUGAGCCAGCCCCAACUGUACUAUAAAGCACCAAAUUAUUUACAUGUCAAACAUUGUACGGGUUAAAAAUGAGUAAAAAAGUGACACUAAUGGGAUUUAAUAAUAAUCUUCUAAUUAUUUAGAUUGUUUUUUUCGAAUCAUCUUCAUGUGUUCAGCUGGUUGAUUUAAAGCUUGUAACAGUGUUUGUUUGUUUGUUUGUUUGUUUUUGGUUUUUUUGGAACGCCUAAAACCAAAAGAAAUGGGACCUUUUAUUCCCAGGCAAGCAUCACUGAAAAAUGUGUGGUCAGUUGUUGAGUGUUGUUAGACUUUAGAUCAAAUGCUUCCAGUCUGUCACUGCAAAUAUUGAAACCCAAUCAUAUACAUCAUUUGUACAACUUUGAAAUAUGAUGGAGGGGUGUGUGUGUGUGUGCCCGCUCUAAAUGAAGAAGUACACACAGUAGUUCAAUCCAGCCUAAUAAAGUACACAAACACAGGACCAACCAUCAGGAACAGGGGCCAAAGUUAUCCCAGUCCUGCCAUGUUAAGUGCACUUCUACUCUUACAGCCUGCUAUGUUCCACCCUGAGACAUCUCCAAUCAAACACCGACCGCUCAUCAUCAUCAAACCCUGAAAACACUUUUCCUCAGCAGGUCACGUUGCCUUUUGAAAUGCUUCUGGCAAACCGCUCAAUUAUGUUACAUAAAAAACGAGUCUUGAGUUUAUCUUGAAACCACACUGAGGCUGAUCAACAGGCAG